AACUAUACUCUACCGAAAAGUGCAGAGGCGGCCAGCGGAGCGAAUAAAAAAAAAUCGAGGAAAAUUUCAUGUUAAGUAACGACGGUCAACAUCGCGAAGGCAGCAGUUCAAGCUCAGAACGCUAGCAGAUCACAUCGUGGUUCGAAACAAACGGCGAAGGCCAGUUAAUUAGCACGUGUGAAUCCCCAAAAACAGAGUCCCGUGGGCCAACGAAAGACUGUUGCGUCCGGAAUUCGUGAAAGUGUAUAAAAUUUACGGAACACUCUCGAUUAGUGGCAGCCCUUUGCGGAAAAAGAGUUGGCGAAUGUCUUUGCUGCAAUUUUGAAUAAUCACACCAGUUCGAGCAGUCAAGUUCGGUCGGCUGCAAUUGAACAGAGUGAGUAGGCAGCUGGUAGAAUCGAAUAAAAAUAAGUCAAAUUUUCGAUGCGACAUCUCUAAACACAAGUGCAUUGGCGCGGCCAGGCGACAACGUGUAACUUGUUAACGUGGUGUGUAGUGUAGUAGAGAUCUGUACUUCUUUGCUGAUAUAGUUACAGAGAAGAAAAAAAAACAACCAAGAAAAAAAAACCAAGAAAAAAAAAACAAAAAAUACAUUGCGAAAAUAAAUACAAGAUAAAGUUAAAACAUUUUCAGACAAAUUCUUUCGACGGCUACCAGCGGCAGAGUGUCGAGAAUUGGACUUUUCGGGGUCCAGACCAGAGACGCAGUGGAUUUCGAUAGUGUACACUUUUCAAAACGAGCGUGGAAAAACGUAUAAAGCAUAAUCAGUGCGGAUCGUUAUCGGGAAACGUGUUUUUUUGUUUUCUCCUGCGGCUGAAACGUGCGCUGGAAAGAAGCCAAACACGAAACGUGUUUGUACGCGGCUUAAAAAAAAUUGUGCGUGCGGUUUAAAACAGGUUGAAACGAAGAAGACGAGAAUUAAGGUGCAAUUUUUAACAACAACAGAAGUCGCCGCACUCGGCUGAACAAGUGGUUGGUGUUUUUGUUUAGUUUGUGCGGGAAGAACGAGAAUUUGCAUAACUUAUUCUCAAGUUAUAUACGGCCUAGUUCGGCGCGGCAGUAGGUCUGACGGUAAGCAAGUUACCGCUUUCGGAUGAAUUCCUACUCCCAUGUGCUGAAAUUUUCAACUGCACACAACCGAACUACGGACAGAGCACUUGCUGGGGCCCAGCAGUCAGACCGCGGAGUGAAACGCACUACAAUUUAAAAGUAUAAUACAUUUGCGCUCACGUACAAUUACACUUUUAUGCAACAACGUUGCGGUCAUACGUAUUAGAGUGAACUCGAGGCAUUUCAGUUCCUACUGAUUUUCGUCAGAGGUUAAGAUCUACAAGCUGCGGAACGAUCAAUUAAAACUAAUAAGCGAGCUAAGCCAAGAAGCUAACUAGCCGAGAGAUAGAGAGGGCUAAUAGUUACAAGCUUGUACGUCCGGAACCAAUAAAAUUAUGAUCAACGAUGGUAGGUAAACUGGUACGAAUACGGCAAUCGGCUGGCGGCGCCAACUACCAUCCUACCAAAAUGAUCACGGAAUUAUAUGUCAGCUUCAAACGAACCCAGCAUCCAUCGCAUCCUUUGCCACACAACAAACACUCCCACCGGUACCCUCAUCACUAUCAGCAUUCAGUGCGACUCCAUGGCGGUGGCAUCGGCACCUCCCCGACUACUUCUACUACUACUACUACUACUACUACUAGUAAUUAUUUAACGAAAUUCCUGAUUUUAUUGUUCCUAUCUAUCUGUGAUAACUGGGCGUACAGGACGCUAACUCCAGCAGAGGCCGCAGCCGCUACCGUAGUCAGUAGCGGCAGCAGUACCACCGUUCCCAUUCUAGCCACUAGUAUCAGUAGCAGCACUCAGCUUACCAGUAGUAGUAUUUACCACACUCAAGUGGACACUCACGGUUCCGCCGACAGUGAAAGUGAUGCCAUGGAACCGGAGCCGGAGGUACCGGCGGUGACGUUCAAUCGCACCAUACUGCAGGGGAUCGUCAUGGAGGGGCUCGGACUUAGCGAGAUUCCCGAUGUCAGACUGAUGAAUAUCAGCCAGCAGGAGUAUGAAACCAAAUAUCGAGAGUACCUGGAGCGAGUCAACCGGCGGAGCAGUCAGCAGCGAUUGCUACAGCUAGGACAAGAUGAGACUGACGAUCUGGACGAGGAUGAGCACGAGCAUCCUCUUGUUGAAACGCGGCAUCUCUACAGCUUCCCUAAUUCAGGACAUCAACUGAAUCACCAGAAUCUUAGGCGCAAGCGAUCGUUGAACAACAACUACGACCUGGUCUAUAUCCGCUUUGAUAUACCAACCAGAAACAGAAGCACCGGUGAACUCGCAGAGCUCGACUCGCCUUCGUUCUUUAAAGGUGCGUCCGACGAACAGCAGGACCAUCAUCAUCAUCAUCAUCAGCACCAGCAUCACCACCAUCGCCACCAUCAGACCCUCUCGGAGCUGCCCCCAAUCUCACCAGAAAACAUCGAAGAAUCGUCACUAAACAUAAUGUUAACCAGAAGGCAAAAUAGCGAACGUAGCGCAAAUGGCUAUAGUAAACAUCAACAACAGCAACAUCUGACACCGUCGCCGGCGGUCAAUGAGGACCUAAGGCAGCAGCAUCCCUCACAUCACGGCCGACGCAAGGGGCGAGUCAAAUUCAAACACAACAACCAGAAUGGCGUCGACGAAGGCAGCAGCUCGAGAACUGCUACCGGUCACAUUUCUGGCAAAAGUAUUACGUUACAUAUCUACCAACUGGUAGAACCCUACGAACGACAUCUAUUAACAUCGAAAUCCAUCCACGUAUCGGAAAUUGCUCUCAACGAUAAAAAGUGGUACCAGCUACCGCUGGACGAAGCAGUCCGCACGUGGCUUGACGGUACCCGCAAGAAUCUCGGACUGGAAAUCUACUGCGAAAAUUGUUACAGCAACAAUAUCUUCGUGAUUCACGAUUCUUCCCCCUUUUUCGGAAGCUACGACGAAACACCGGUGCUCAAUGUAGUAGGAAAACUGGUCCAGCGCGAAAAGCGAUCCAAGGUACGGCGCUACCGCCCAAUCAUGCGUGAUUACCUAUCCCCACCUAAGUCGACAUCGUGUACGCCAAACAACAAACGCUGCUGCCGGCAUCCGUUACUGGUAGACUUUCGAGAUAUCGAUGGCUACGACUUUAUCAUUCAACCGAAAAUAUUCGACGCUGGCUUCUGUCGAGGUCGCUGUCCGUUGAAAUUCAAUUCCGCUAGUCAUCACGCCCUAAUACAAAGUCUGCUGCACGAACAUUUCAAGUAUGACGUCCCGAAGCCGUGCUGUGCGCCGUCCCGAUUGGAUCACGUCGAUUUCCUGCAUGCCGACCCAAAAAAUCCUCAACGAUUACAGGUGUCCACCUGGAGCGACAUGCGCGUCACCGAGUGUGCUUGUUCGUGAUCUGUUUACUGUCCGAUUGACCCGAAGGGCAAAAAUGGACCGAUUCUUGCAUUUAACAACUGGGCUUCGGCCCAGUUCAAACCAAUGGACAGGCAAUGAAAACCCCAGACAGACAACGAUAGUAUUAUUCAUCGCGACAAACAAAACGAGUGUGUUUUUGUAGAGUAUGUAGAAAAUACGAUUCCAAGAAAUAGAAAACCAAAACUUACGCCGAUAGAUGCAAUCCUAAUGAAAGGAGGAAAAAAAUUAACAGGAUUGAAUAAAACUAAUAUACAAUUAACUUCACAUGCAUUAGAUAGUGAAAGAGAAUGAGAGACAUGCAGGUUGUAUUAUGCUUCAAAUAUCAAAGUUCCCUGACUCUAGUUUAGUUCCAUUAUCAUCAUAUUUAUAAAAUAUUUAUUUGUAGAAAGUAUAACGAGGAGCUUUUAGGCUAAAUUAGGAGUAAGCAGUAGAAAACAUACGAAGGUACACUCUAUUCUCUCCAAACUCGAAAACUCAACUCUCAGCCAAAGCCAAAAUAAUGAAGCAAAACUUUUUUUAUUUCUAUUAAGCAUUAUAGAAGUUCGCCAAUAUGUUGAAGAGAAAGAAAAAAGAAACUGUGAGCUAAUUGUGUACAAUUUGAUUAUUUAAUAAUUUUUACAACAAGAUUGUUUUUUUCUGAGUUAAGUAAUUAUUUAUGUCAGGAAAAGCGUAUAUUUUGUAGGUAAGAUUUCGGAAACAAAUAGAAUAAAUUCAACAAACAUAUUUCAUGAUGCCAUCCCAAGCAUAGGAAAAAAAGUAAAACCAAUUUAAACAGUGUUGACAUGAAUACAAUAUACAGUAUCUAGAGAAAUCUAGAAUCUACAUACAACGGAUUUUUUUUUUGUCUUUAAUGAAAGAAUUCGGCUGUUAGCCUGUCUAUAAUAUUGGUCGCUCUUACAUCAUGCCCAAAAAUUGAGUUAGGCGGUUCCACGUCGUGAAAGUCUUUAGCAAACUUUGGCACAGAAUCACAGGGGUAGUUCAAGCAAUUUUCCACCUUACGUGUAACCACGCGCCUUUGUCAUCUGAUUAUUGAAUUGUUUUCUGAUUCAAGCUUAGGUGGUAUAAUAUUUACCAAAAAUAAAAAGAUGCAACGUAGUAACAACAAACAAGGCAACAAAAAGAGUCGAAUCUUGUAAAAUUUUACGUUCUACAACGAAUUCGGGUGAAAAUGUUUUAAAUCAAGUC